GUUAGAUGUGAUUCGCCGAAAAAAAAAAAACAACACAAGAAGACAAAGAAGCGGACAUUAUUGUUUAGCAUUCUGACAAAAACUCUCAGGUAAUUCUUACAUUUCUGCUACCAGCUACUCAGAUGACGCGUGUUUUCAUAUAUGGCACUCUUAAAAAGGGCCAGCCGAACUACAACGUGAUGGUGGACACCACCAAAGGCAGAACCAAGUUCCUUGGCCGUGCUCGCACUGUUGAGAAAUACCCCCUGGUGAUAGCAGGCAAGUACAACAUACCCUUCCUCCUCAAGGUGCCUGGACAGGGACAACGUAUCCAGGGGGAGAUCUACAGUGUGGAUGACCCAAUGCUGAAAUUCCUUGACUGGUUCGAAAAAUGUCCUCAAAUGUAUCAGCGAACACCAGUCCUGCUUAAGGUUGAGGAGUGGGUUGGAGAGGGAGAGGAAGCACCUCAGGUGGGCAGCACCACUGAGGCCCUUAUGUAUAGCACGACCACUUACAAGCCUGAGUGGCUGCAGUAUCCUACCUUUGACUGCUAUGACGCAUAUGGGGAUCAUGGUCUGUUGUAUGUCAAGCGAGAAGCCAGAGACUGACAGAUUCAUAAUUUGCUGACAAUCUUCAACAGGUUCACCUCUAGUGAUAAACAUAGCCAUUCACACACAUUUUACCCGGUGACAGAAUUCAGUCUUUUUUGCAUUGGAAAUAGAGAAUGUACAGAAAUAAAGAUUUUAAUUUUGCCAGUGCAAGUCAGACCGUUCAUUGUUAGCUCGCUCAAUUUUUGUUUAACCAUGGAUCAAUGGAGGCCCUCGUGUCAAGUCUUCUUUGGCCAACCUGUCAACACAUUUUAUAUGCAAGGUUAUGAUGGUCAAAAAUCUCUUUAAAUGUAUUGUACAGGGUGAAUAAAUAGUCUGGUCUAAGGGUGGUAAAAUAUUUAAUUCCUCAUUAAUAAAUUGAUAUAUAUAUAU